AGGUUUAAUUUUUAAGAGUGAACUGGGUGUUUCUGCUUUGCUCUCUUAUUUAGGGUAUUUUUUUAUUAGGGGAUUUUGGGUUUCUUGGUUUUGAUUUUCGAUUAUCUGGGUGUCGCUUAAUUUCAUCGAGGUCUCGUUUCUGAGUUUGUAGAAAGUAAUUGAUAUUAGUAGCUCGUUCAUGAUUCUUGUAUCUGAAUGCUCCGAUUGGGUUUACCAUGCAACAACGCGGGAUUGGAAAGGAAUAACCUCUUGGGUUUGAUCUUUUCUGCUCCGGUGAUUACCCAUUUCCCAGUCUGCUUCAUUUGUUUCAUUAUGUUUGUUCUUCAACUUCCACCAAUCAAUGGACAGAAAAUGGUGUCUUCAGAAAUUAGGGAACAAGUUGUGUUCCCCUCCAAAUUUGUUCAGGGGGUUAAACAAGUUAUUAGGAAGCUGAUUUAUUCAGUUGCAACAGAAGCUUUGCAAGAAAAAUCUGAAGAAAUCAAAAUGGAUGCACCUAAAGAGAUAUUUUUGAAAGAUUACAAGAUGCCUGAUUACUAUUUCGACACGGUGGAUUUGAAAUUGUUGUUGGGUGAGGAGAAGACAAUCGUCAGUUCAAGAAUAACAGCCUUCCCUAGAGUUGAAGGAUCCAAAUUUCCUCUUGUUUUGGAUGGGGUUGAUAUGAAGUUGAUUUCGAUUAAGGUUAACAGCGAGGACCUCGAGGAGGCAGAUUACGUUCUGGACUCCCGCCAUUUGACGAUCCUAUCACCGCCAACUGGUUCUUUUACCUUGGAAAUUGUUAAUGAGAUAUAUCCUCAGAACAACACUUCUUUAGAGGGACUCUAUAAAUCAACUGGAAAUUUCUCCACACAAUGUGAAGCUGAAGGUUUUCGGAAGAUCACAUUUUACCAGGACCGUCCUGAUAUAAUGGCAAAGUACACAUGUCGCAUAGAAGCCGAUAAGUCAUUAUACCCGGUGCUACUGUCUAAUGGGAAUCUUAUAGAUCAGGGUGAUCUAGAGGGUGGAAAACAUUUUGCCCUCUGGGAGGAUCCCUUUAAGAAACCUUGCUACUUGUUUGCUUUAGUAGCUGGCAAGUUUGUAAGCAGAGAUGAUGUUUUUAUUACUCGUUCAGGUAGGAAAAUCUCCUUGAAGAUAUGGACCCCGGCUGAAGACGUACCCAAGACUGAGCAUGCCAUGUAUUCUUUGAAGGCAGCUAUGAAAUGGGAUGAAGAUGUUUUUGGACUAGAAUAUGAUCUCGAUCUCUUCAAUGUUGUGGCCGUUCCAGAUUUCAACAUGGGAGCCAUGGAAAACAAGAGUUUGAAUAUUUUCAAUUCACAACUUGUCUUGGCAUCUCCAGAAACUGCUUCUGAUUCCGAUUAUGCUGCCAUAUUAGGAGUGAUUGGCCAUGAGUAUUUCCACAACUGGACUGGCAACAGGGUGACAUGCCGUGAUUGGUUCCAGCUGAGCCUGAAGGAAGGUCUUACGGUGUUCCGUGAUCAGGAAUUUUCAUCCGACAUGGGAAGUCGUGCUGUAAAGCGAAUUUCUGACGUUUCAAAACUCAGAAACUAUCAGUUUCCACAGGAUGCUGGUCCCAUGGCACAUCCUGUUCGACCACAUUCCUAUAUCAAGGUUAAUGGUUAUAUUUAUGUGAACUUUUCGUUGUUACAUGCUGGUGCUGAAGUCGUGAGGAUGUACAAGACCUUAUUGGGAAGUCAAGGAUUUAGAAAAGGCAUGGAUCUUUACUACAUUUGAAUUUCCUUUCAUGAAACAUUUAUAGUGCUUAUGGAUACAACUAAAAUACAGUACUCUCAAGCUGGGACCCCUCGAGUCAAAGUUACAUCAUCUUACAAUUCCGAUGGUCGUACUUUUACUCUGAAGUUCAGCCAAGAUGUCCCACCAACUCCUGGGCAGCCAAAUAAAGUGCCAAUGUUUAUACCUGUUGCUCUUGGUCUGCUAGACUCAGCCGGCAACGAUUUGCCUCUGUCCUCUAUAUAUCAUGAUGGGGUGUUGCAAUCUAUAGCUGAAAAUGAUCGGCCAGUCUACCACACAGUCCUCAGGCUGACCAAGAAAGAAGAAGAGAUCGUCUUCUCUGACAUACCUGAGCGACCAGUUCCAUCUUUGUUUAGGGGCUACAGUGCUCCUAUCCGUCUUGAAACAGAUCUAAAUGACGAUGAUCUAUUUUUCCUUCUUGCCCAUGAUUCUGAUGAGUUCAACCGUUGGGAGGCUGGACAAGUGUUGGCACGGAAACUGAUGCUCCUAUUGGUGGCCGAUCACCAACUAAAUAAACCAUUGGUUCUUAAUUCGAAGUUUGUGGAGGGUCUGAGAUCCAUACUUUCUGACUCGAGCUUGGAUAAAGAAUUCAUUGCGAAAGCUAUAACUCUCCCCGGUGCAGGAGAAAUAAUGGACAUGAUGACGGUGGCAGAUCCCGAUGCUGUUCAUGCCGUUCGAACUUUCAUCAGGAAGCAACUGGCCAAUGCAUUGAAAGCAGAGCUUCUCACUGCAGUAGAAAACAACAGGAGUUCAGAAGCAUAUGUGUUCAACCAUCCUGAAAUGGCGAGGCGUGCUUUGAAGAACAUUUCUCUCGCAUAUCUUGCAUUAGUUGAGGAUGCAGAGAUUGCCAAUCUUGUGCUUGAUGAGUAUAAGAACGCCUCGAAUAUGACCGACCAAUUUGCAGCUUUGGUGGCUCUAGACCAGAAGCCAGGUGAAACUCGUGACGAGGUUCUCGCCGACUUCUACACCAAGUGGCAGCACGACUAUUUGGUUGUCAACAAAUGGUUUGCUCUUCAAGCCAUGUCAGACAUUCCUGGCAAUCUUGAGAAUGUUCAGAACCUCCUAAAUCAUCCAGCAUUCGACAUUCGAAAUCCAAACAACGUAUAUUCUUUGAUUGGAGGUUUCUGUGGAUCCAUCGUCAACUUGCACGCGAAGGACGGAUCUGGCUAUAAAUUCUUGGGAGAAGCUGUCAUGCAACUAGAUAAAAUUAAUCCCCAGGUGGCCUCUGGAAUGGUCUCUGUCUUCACGAAAUGGAAGCGUUACGACGAACACCGACAAAAGCUUGCCAAGGAACAACUGGAGAAGAUAUUGUCUGUGAAUGGACUGUCUGAAAAUGUGUUUGAAAUUGCAUCAAAAAGCUUAGCAGCAGCUUGAGGAUAUCAUAAUAAUUCAAAAUAAUAUCAUCUAGAAAUAUGCUUGUUUGCAUAUUAUGCGCCAUGGUGUGGUGUUAUGAACUCGCGCUAUUUAUCAACUUUUCUUCUCUU